UACCCAAGCAGUUACAAAAAGGGAACACACAGUCUCACACAGGUAAAAAGUGACUCCACCUUAGGAUCUUAAGAAAGCAACACCUGUUGAGGUUUUGUUCUCCUAAAGUGCCAAUGGAUCCUCCACUGCCACUGAAUGAUCUUCCCAGCCCACAGCAUCUGUCAGGCAUGUUUACUCAAAGCUGCUCUGACACCAACCUGAAGUUUAUCUGUGAGUUUCAGCCUUUUCCACUGCAGGUGUCUGACAAUGAGGAUUACAAUAUCAGUAUGAAUUGUGAGUCAGUGUCAGUGAUCCUUCCUGCACAGUGCAGCGUCUACCAGCUGCGGCUACGCAUCUGCAUGCAGGCCCAGGAACGAAACUGCCAUCCAGACCCACUAGCAAUACUGGAUCCAGAGAAAUACACUUUGCUAUAUGCCAAGGGGGAAGACUGGUAUGAGGCCUACGAUGACUGUCAGGUUAUCAGGACGUUAGCCAUUCCAUGGUCAUGUGACAACACUGGGCGCCUGACAGCGCACAUAGUAGUUAAACCAGUGGUGGUAGGUGAUUCAGAGGAGAAGAAGAAACAAGAGCAGUGUCUGGCCUUCCUGAUUGGACACGACCUGGAGAAAGAGGCGUCUGACAGACUUGAUGAGCUCACAUUCACCCGCAGAAAACUGGCAUCUUCAAGAAGACAAGAGCUAAGGAUUCGGGAUGACAAGUUAUACGCCACAGAGCCUUGGAUAACGUGUGCCCCCGUUCCAAAAGACCUACAGGAUCAGCUAAACAGAAAGCUUCCUGUCACCUUGCAUUACAUGAAAAAGAUCAGCUUCAGCAUACAUGUAGAUUUUAGCACAACCCCAGAUGUUCUUUUUAGGGUUUUUAGAAAGGUGAUGAUAGACCAGCAGUUGGAUUAUGAUACUUCUGAUGAUCUGGUUUUGAAAGUCUCCGGCAGACAGGAAUAUAUAUCUGGAGACUAUCCCCUCAGCAACUUCCUCUGGGUUCGACAGUGCUUGAAAACCAAUCAGGAACUCCACCUCUCUGUUGUCCCUGUGUCACUGCUUGCUGAUGAGACUGUCAAGUUUGUAGAUUGGCCACUCGUUGACGGUUCCAGUGGCCAGUUCAGCUCCCACGAUGACCUCCGCCUUCAAGGGAGGGAUUUGGAUGAUAUCUUCAUGAUAUCCUUGUGGGACUGCAACAGAACGCUCAGGGUGAAACUGCUUGGCUUCGAUAUCCCAAAACUCCCAAACAAAUGCCCUCAAUCUGUAUAUGUAACAGCCUCUAUACUUUACGGUAACAAAGUUCUCUCUUCAGUGUCCUCCCCUUCCAAGGCUUUCGCAGAUGAAGUACUGUGGAAUGAGUGGCUGGAGUUUGAUGUUCUCCUCAGAGAUUUGCCACGUGGAGCAAAGCUAGGUUUCACUAUUAAUGCCAGCGGUGGUGACAUCUCCCCAGUAACCAAAGACUCAAAGUUGCCAUCACCUUCAGCCAAUAAAGUACCAGACCUCCAGAAAGGGAAGGGGAAGGUGCUCUACUUUGUCAAUCUUCUCCUCAUAGAUCACAGAUCUAUCCUCAGCCAGGGCCCCUACACCCUGCACAUGUGGUCCUACCCGGACCUAGAAGAAGGGGCGAUCACCUACCAGGCAGACAAGCUGUCUUCUGCGACUAACCCGGACAUAGCGGACUCCAUGGCCAUCAGCUUCUUUCUGGACCGCUACAGCUUCCCAGUCGCUCUCCCAGAUAGCUUGAGCUCCUCUGAACGACCAGAAAGUCCCAAUCUCACCUCCAAAUCUACUGUUUCCUCUGAUGCACUCUCCGCCUCACCCCCACUGACUAAAAAUGAAUUUCUUAGAACCCCAUCUCCAGUCUUCAGCACCAACCGGGCUUGUCUCAAAAGAUUUCGGGAAGAGAGCACCCUUUAUGUCUCUAAUCUACCCUAUUACCUCCGCAGUAUUGAUUGGAUGAAUCGCAGAGUGGUUGAGGAUGUCCACUGGCUACUGGGAAACGUGGAUCCUGCAGAACUGGAUAUAACAGUGGCCCUGGAGCUGUUAAGCAUGGACUUUCCUGAUGUGACAGUCAGGAGUCUAGCAGUCCAGAGACUGGAGAGCCUGUCUAACGAUGAUGUAUUGAAGUAUUUACUACAGCUGGUGCAGACCCUCAAAGUGGAACCUUACCAUGACAGUUUCCUUGCUCGCUACCUCAUCCAAAGAGCUCUGCGGAGCAAGAGAAUCGGCCACUUCUUCUUCUGGUAUGUCCGCAGUGAGGUCGCAGGUUGUCUGUACUUCCGUCAGCGCAUGGCUGUGAUUCUGGAGGCUUACCUGCUGGGCUGUGGCCAGGCCAUGCUUGAAAGCUUCACACAGCAGGUCCAGGCUGUAGAGGCCCUACAGAAGGUUGCUAUAAUGAUUAAAAACCUCUACCCGGACAAGACCGACCUUUCCCCUACAGCUCACCUCAGGCUCCAAGACCUUCUUAGAAACAGCAAUCUGCCAAAUGAAUUCCUGCUGCCCUUCGACCCUCGCAUUAAAGCUGGAAGGAUCCUGCUGGACAAAUGCAAGGUGAUGGCCUCUAAGAAGAAGCCACUUUGGCUGGAGUUCUGUGCCAUGCCGUCGCCCACCUGUGUCACACCUGUUGGAAUAAUCUUCAAAGAGGGAGAUGACCUCAGACAGGACAUGUUGGUCAUUCAGACACUGGUGGUGAUGGAGUCCAUCUGGCAGGAGAAAUCACUGGAACUUAACCUCGUUCCAUAUGGCUGCAUCUCCACAGGACACAACAUAGGUGUGAUAGAGAUUGUGAGGGAUGCAACCACCAUCGCUGCAGUCCAGAAGAGCCAGGGAGGAACAUCUGGAGCCUUCAAAAAUGAUGCUCUGUUUGAGUGGCUCAAGUCUAAAUGUCCACUCCAGGAAAUUCACUACAAGACCGUGGAGAGGUUUGUGAAGUCCUGUGCUGGCUACUGUGUGGCCACCUAUGUACUGGGUAUAGGAGAUCGACACAAUGACAACAUCAUGAUCACAGACCAAGGGAACCUGUUUCACAUUGACUUUGGUCACAUCCUGGGCAACACAAAACGCUUCCUUGGUGUGAACAGGGAGCGUGUACCAUUCGUCCUCACACCUGACUUCCUGUAUGUCAUGGGCAGGGUCAGAGGGCGCAACAGCCUCUACUUUCAGCGAUUCAGGGACACUUGUACCCAGGCGUACCUUUCCCUGCGCUCGCACUCUCGCCUGCUGGUCACUCUUUUCUCCCUCAUGCUGCUGACGGGCAUUCCAGAGCUGAGUGCUGCAGAGGACAUGCGCUACCUGCGGGAGGCGCUCCAGGAGGAACAGGGUGAGGCAGAGGCCGAGGAGCAUUUCCUCCAGCAGAUCUCUUUGUGUGAGCAGCAGGGCUGGACUGUGCAGGCCAACUGGUGGAUCCACAUGGUGGCAGGCAUCAAGUAGACUGUUGCUGACUUGAAGGCGGAAGUGUGGAAAAGUUCACAUGAAUGUGACAUUGAAUUUUUGUGUGUUGUCAUUGUUGUUUGUUUUUAUGUUUUAUUAUUUUCAUGUAUAUUCUAGCAUCCCUCUCCUCACCACAGAGCCAUGAACCUAUUCUCUAUGUUUCUAUCCUAAAAGUAUAGUGAGAUUAGUCCACCAAUCACAAUGUUCCCACUGUUCUGAUGGGUGCAUUAAAAAAUGUUACACAGAAUGAGCGAAUGGUAUAUAAAAUCGCUUGAGUCGUCCUUUAACAUUACACCAGAGUUUGUUUACAUGUAUUUAGGAGUACCACUCGUGCCGGGUUUUGACAAGAAAGAAAAAUGUGUGGAAUAAAAAAGAUGAUAUCUCUAUUUCUGCUAUAUCAGUUUUAUCCUCAUUGGUCCAACAAUAUUAAGAUCUAGAAAUCUUUGUUGGUUUAUUAAUUUUUCUUGUUGUAUUAUAUUCAUGAUUGUUUCUUGUAUUUGUGUUCUUCUUUAGAUGGAAAUGCACCAGUAGAUUAGCAUGACUAAUUUCAUUGUAUACAAGCAUAAAAUGACAAUAAAGGCAUUGAUUCAUUCAUCCAUUCA